UAUUCAUUUUAAAUUAUGAAAUAUUUAUCAAUUUGUUUAAUAAAUUUUAUUAUAUUAUUUAUAAUAAGAAUUAUUUUAUUAAUAAGUUCAUUAUAUUUUCUUAUAAAUGAAAUUACUUAUUUUUUAGAAUGAGAAUUAGUUUCAAUAAAUUCUAUAAGAAUUGUUAUAACUUUUUUAUUUGAUUGAAUAAGUUUAAUAUUUAUAUCAUUUGUUUUAUUAAUUUCUUCUUUAGUAAUUUAUUAUAGAAAAGAAUAUAUAAUUCAUGAUAUAAAUAUUAAUCGUUUUAUUAUAUUAGUAUUAAUAUUUGUUUUAUCAAUAAUAUUUUUAAUUAUUAGACCAAAUUUAGUAAGAAUUUUAUUAGGAUGAGAUGGAUUAGGAUUAGUAUCUUAUUGUUUAGUAAUUUAUUUUAAUAAUGUUAAAUCUUAUAAUGCUGGUAUAUUAACAGCAUUAUUAAAUCGAGUUGGGGAUGUAUUUUUAUUAUUAGCAAUUGCUUGAAUAUUAAAUUAUGGAAGAUGAAAUUAUGUAUUUUAUUUAGAAUUUAUAAUAAAUGAUAAAGAAAUAUUAAUAAUUAGAAUUUUAGUAACAUCAGCUGCAAUAACUAAAAGUGCUCAAAUUCCUUUUUCUUCUUGAUUACCAGCUGCAAUAGCAGCUCCUACUCCUGUUUCAGCUUUAGUUCAUUCUUCUACAUUAGUAACUGCUGGUAUUUAUUUAUUAAUUCGAUUUAAUAUACUUUUAUGUAAUACAUUUAUAAGUCAAUUAUUAUUAUUAUUAGCUGGAUUAACUAUAUUUAUAUCAGGAUUAGGUGCUAAUUUUGAAUUUGAUUUAAAGAAAAUUAUUGCAUUAUCUACUUUAAGUCAAUUAGGUUUAAUAAUAAUAAUUUUAUCAAUAGGUUAUUAUAAAUUAGCAUUUUUUCAUUUAUUAACUCAUGCAUUAUUUAAGGCUUUAUUAUUUAUAUGUGCUGGUGCUAUUAUUCAUAACAUAAAUAAUUCUCAAGAUUUACGAUUAAUAGGAGGAUUGAGAUUAUUUAUACCUUUAACUUCUUCUUGUUUUAAUGUAGCAAAUUUAGCUUUAUGUGGAAUACCAUUUUUAGCUGGAUUUUAUUCAAAGGAUUUAAUUUUAGAAAUUGUUUCUUUAAGUAUAGUAAAUUUAUUUAUUUAUUAUUUAUUUUUUUUUUCAACUGGAUUAACUGUAUGUUAUUCAUUACGAUUAGUAUAUUAUUCUAUAACCGGUAAUAUAAAUUGUAGUUCUUUAAAUGUUUUAAAUGAUGAAAGUUGAAUUAUAUUAAAGGGUAUAUUAGGAUUAAUAUUUAUAAGAAUUAUUGGAGGUAGAAUAUUAAGUUGAUUAAUUUUUAUAACUCCUUAUACAAUUUGUUUACCUUAUUAUUUAAAGUAUAUAACAUUAUUUGUAUGUAUUGUAGGAGGAUUAGUUGGUUAUUUAAUUUCUAAUAUUUCUUUAUUUAUAACAAAUAAAUCUUUAAAUAAUUAUUACAUUAGAGUAUUUGCAGGAUCAAUAUGAUUUAUACCUUAUAUUUCAACUUAUGGAAUUAUUAAUUAUCAUUUAAAAUUAGGAAUAAAUGUUGUUAUAAAUUUUGAUCAAGGUUGAUCAGAAUUUAUAGGAAGACAAAAUUUAUACAAACAAUUAGUGAUUAAUUCUCAAUUCAUAAAUUUUUUACAAAAUAAUAAUUUAAAAAUUUAUUUAAUAAUUUUUAUUUUAUGAUUUAUUAUUUUAGUAAUAUUUUUAAUUAUAUUAUAA